UAUCUUUAGUUGAAAAUUUUAAAGUAAUUCUCUUCAAUUUUUUUAAAAAAUUACUCAAGUUUUGCGAAACCAAAGAGUUCCGGGUAAUGGCGUAACUAGGAUCCCGCAGACCCCACUUUGAGGCCUUUAAUUAAUGUAAAUUUAAUUCCCGUGAAAAAAAUUGAAUUGUUUUUUCAAAUUAUAUUAGUGUUAAUCUAUGUUUAUAAUAAUCUAUUAUUAUCAGGGCUCAUAACUUAUUACUAGAGUACGGAUUUUGAAGGCAUUUGCCUUUUUUUUCUAUUGCUCUAAAACGAAGCUGUCAGCUACAAAUUCGAUUUAUACUGCUAUACUGCUAUGCACGCUUAUUUUGCUUUUUUUGCGUUUUUUGAAUAUUUAUGCUUUUUUGGGCAUUUUUGGUACAUUUUUCAAAAUGUGUUCAAAAUAAACGUAUUUGAAACGUAUUUUUUAAUUUUUAUUUUAUAGUAAAAUAAUGUGUUUUCCAAUAUCGUAUAUUGUAUAUGGCUGGCUCAAUCGAUUUUAUCUCGUUAUGUUUGAUUUAUGGGUAUGUUUAUCAACGUAAUUUAGAUACGUAUAUAGCUUAUUGAAUAUAGUAGAUUAUUUUAUCUUGAAACGACAAUAAACACAAAAAUAUGCUUUUGCUCUGGAAAUUAUCUACUCAGAAUUACAGUUUAGUUUUCGUUGCAACACCGUAUAGUUCGUUAUUCUUACCGAUAGUCACUUACAAAAUGCCAAAAAUUAUUAAUUGUAGUGCUCGUCUUCGCAAUUUUGUAAAAGAAUUUGGUGAAGACAUUUUUUCUUGUGACAAUGCUGUACUUUUUUGCAAAGUAUGUGGUGUUAAAGUAUCUGCCGAAAAAAAAUAUAAUAUUCAACAACAUAUCGCUAGAGGUAAACAUAUCCAGCAGCUAAAUAUUAGAAAUCAACAAGAAAAACCAAAAUCUCAGCUUCUAGUCACAGGUAUGUCAAUGAAGUCAUCAUUCAACGAAGAACUGUGUAAUGUUUUUUUGUCCGCAAAUAUCCCUCUCACUAAAUUAAAUAUACCAACAUUUCGCGAUUUUCUGCAUAAACAUACAAAACAAAUUAUUCCUGACGAGUCUACGCUUCGAAAAAACUAUAUAAAUCAAUGCUAUACAAAUACUAUUAUUAAAAUUAGAGAUUACGCCAGGAACAAAAAUGUAUGGGUGUCAAUAGAUGAGACUACUGACGUUGAGGGGCGAUAUGUAGCCAAUGUUAUAAUUGGUACAUUGGAAGUAGACAAUCCUGGAAAAAUAUUCCUACUUAACUCAGAGGUGUUAGAAAAAGCCAACCACUCUACUAUAUCUAAAUUAUUUGACAGAUCUCUUUUUAUAUUAUGGCCUAAAGACAUACUUCAUGACAACGUUUUACUUUUUGUGUCGGAUGCAGCACCAUUUAUGGUAAAAUCAGGAAAAUCUUUAAAAGUUCUUUACUCAAAAAUGGUGCAUAUAACUUGUUUGGCACAAGGCCUACACAGAGUGGCAGAAUAGAUCAGAAUAAAUUUUCCAGAAAUUAAUAGUUUAAUAUCAAAUAUUAAAAAAGUUUUUUUAAAAGCUCCAUACCGUAUUAAUUUGUUUAAGAAUUUGGCUCCGGGUAUUCCUCUACCUCCAGAACCAAUUAUUACUCGUUGGGGCACUUGGUUAAAUGCCGUAAACUAUUAUUGUGAAC